CAGAAUCAGAAGCCUACCGAAGACACCCUGACGUCUCCAACCAGUUGAAGACAAGCCAGCAUCUUGUACUCACUUCAAACACUGCUAUCACUAUGUAUCUACGGGUCCCUCACGCCGAGUCACACAUCCCUUCACUGAGGCAAUUCAUCCAGGAAAACCCAUUGGGUCUGGUCAUCUCCGCUUUACCAUCCCCGAAUUUCCCCACGAUACAAUGCACUCACAUUCCAUGGGUUCUCGAUGUCAAGGAUGAGACGAGUGAGACGGAGUUGGGAAUUCUGCGCGGUCACCUCGCGCGAGCAAACCCUCAUUCGAAAGCUCUGAUUGAAGCCGCUCUUGCCCAGUCAACAUCCAACGGCAAGUUGACGGAAGAGAUCACAAUCAUGUUCAACGGACCUGUUCACCACUACGUGACGCCUAAAUUCUACACGGAGACGAAACCGUUCUCUGGCAAAGUGGUGCCAACAUGGAACUAUUCUGCGGUUCAGGCUUACGGAACGGCGAAGAUCUUGUUUGAUUCGAAAGCGGACGAGACCGUUGAAUUCUUGCAGAAGCAGAUUAGUGAUCUCUCAAACAAUGCCGAGACUAAUAUCAUGGGUUAUACGGGUGGUGAUAAGCAGAAGCCCUGGGUUAUCGGCGAUGCACCAGAGAGUUACGUCAACAUCUUGAGGAAGAAUAUCAUUGGGAUUGAGAUUGAGAUCACAGGACUUCAAGGCAAGUACAAGAUGAGUCAGGAGUUGUCAAAAGGAGAUCGAGAGGGUGUCAUUAAAGGAUUCAAUGAGCUGGGUACAGAUAUUGGCACGAUGGUGGCCAAGACAGUCGAGGAAAGGGGGGUGUUGAAGGACCAGCGGAAAGCAGUACAAGCCUAAAUAGAUGCGAUGGCGAGACAGAUAUAUAGGUACAUAUAGAGAUACGAUUGAUGGUUGACAUUUGAU